AUUCGCUUCUUUUUACUCUCUACUGUAUAUUUUCUCUACUAUUACUAUGACCUCUACUCUCAAUAAUCCUACUUCCAUGACCACCGCCGGUGAUCACGUCAACACAACCAAUGACUUGAACCAUAAAGCCACGGCUGAUCACGGUUCCAAAGAUCAUACUUUACCCAGCACACAUGAAAAGGCACAUAAUAGUAGUUCUACCACUACUCCUGCCAAGUCUACCGACCGCCCUGUUAAUGACGACCGAUCACCUCAGGAGAAAUCGCGCGAUGAGAAAUUAAAGAUGCUCGAAGUCGUCCGCGGCAUGCGUAAUGGAAAAUUCCCUACCAAUCAACAUAUGAACCGUCUCUUUGACAAAGCCUUACAGAACAAAGUCAUUCAUGAUCGCCAGCACUUGAUGUCGCCCGAUGGCCAACGUCUCUUGAAGGAUUUUCAAGACCUUUUGCGUGUUUUGAAGCAGACAUUGGACACCAAGAACAAGGAUGAACUCUUCCAGUCCAUGGUGUACCAUUUGCAUUGCAUGGAUGCUCCCUUGAACAAAGAGUCUGUGAAGAAUGCCAACAUCGCUCCCAAUACCAACAAGGAAGAAUUCAAGCAGGAAGCUAAAGGAGGUGCCGUCGCUUUCUUAAAGAUUAUUCGUCUGAUCCUCAUCAAUGGUGAAUUCCGUGAAACCUUGAAUGACCUCAUGGCAAUCACUCAGGAAGCCUUUGGCGAUGCCGUUGAUAACCUUGGUGACUCGUUGGAUCAAGCCAACGAUAAGCUCAACGAAAGCUCCCAACGUGUGACUCAGACCGACAACCGCACCGGUUUCUUGGACCAGUUGACUGACAAGAUUGAUCAAAAGUGUGAAGAAUUGGAUCAGCCCGAAUCCUUGACCACGCAAAACAAGAGCACCUUUGACUCCACUGGUAACAACGCUACUGGCUACAAUGAAAACGAUGCCGUCUCCAACACGAUGAACCAAGCCGGUCUCCAGACCCACCAAGGUCAACAACAAGGCCAGAUUGCCAACUUUGAUCCCUCCAACAACGAAAACGUGCAACAGACCAAGGAACAGACUCAGCAGAAGACCCAAGAGUUGCAAGCUGAAGCUAGACAGAGAGCCGAGGAGCACAAGCAGUCAGCCAAGCAAUACGCUAGAGAAAAGUUCCCCGAGGAGAAGCAAGAACAGAUCAUCAACCGUCUCAAGAAGACUCUUCGUGACAUUCAAAGCCAUCCCGAGUAUGAAGAUGCCAUCAACACCCUCAUUCGUCUCUUCAAGUCUUGGGGUAACCGUGCUGUUGAGGUCGCUCAAAAUGCCGCUGAUCAUGCCAACACUCAAGUGAGCGAUGUUCGUGAAGAUGAUCACUGGUCCAAGGUCGAAAUCGAAGUCAAGACCAUUCUCGAAGAUUGGGCUCAAGGCCAGUCUUUGAAUCCUUUGGUCGAGAACGUCAAGCAAGUGAUGCAGGACAUUAAGGAAGAUGAGAAGCUUAGAGACUAUAUCCAAGAGUGGACCGAUUACAUUCACCGUUUGUUGAAGGAAACUGGCUAUGUCGAUGAAGAAGCUUCUACCAAGGAUGGCGAAAAGUUGGUGGAAAAGGGCCGCCAGGUCGUCAAGGAGCGUUACCGUGGUCAUGUCAACCAGCUUAUUGAUCAUGCCAGAUCCUACACCAAUGCUAUGGCUGAAGAUCCUAUUUCCAAGGACAUCAACAGCGUUUUCAAGGCCAUCCAUCAAGACCUCUGGUUCGACCAGGAGGGUAACCCCGCAUUCAAGCCUCAGCUUCUCAACGAUAUGCGUCUGACCUUGCUGCCUGCCAUGAUUGAGCAGAUCAAGUAUAUUCCUAUUCCUCGUAUUGAAUAUGCUGACAAGCAGUUCGACGUUGUUGUUGAGAAUGUUAUCCUUUCCGGUGACUCGUUGUUGCCCAACAUGUGUGAAGUCAAGUUGGAGAACUUCUCCCGCUUCUCUCCCAAGUCGGACGUUGAGCCUAUCAACCGCCAGAUCGUCAACAUUACCAUGAAGAACAUCCAAGCCGAACUCGAUGAUGUGGUCUUUUACUACAAGAAGAAGACCGGUUUUCCCCGCAUGUCCGAUCGUGGUGUGGCUGCUAUGGAAAUUGGCGGCAAGGGUAUCGAUGUCACUCUCAAGCUUCACACCACCGAUGAUCCCAAGCAUGUGUUGAAGGUCGUCGUCUGCAAGGCUCAUGUUAGCAACCUCAAAUUCAAGGUCAAGGACAGCAAGCACGAUCUCUUGUACAAGACCAUUCACCCUAUGGUGAUCGGUAUUGUUCGCAAGCAAAUGGCCAAGGCCAUCGAGCUCAAGAUCUUGGAUAUGAUUGAUACAAUUGAUCAAAAACUUGUGGCCAACAUCUGGGGCAUGCAAGCCAAGGCCGAUAUGAACGCUCGUCAAGCCGAGAUCCAUGCCCGUCAAUUGAAGGGCGAAGAUGUCAAGGAUGCUUCCGCGGCUCAACGUUCUAGCCAACCUCAGCGUGUUUCGAAGCGUCCCAGCUUGUUCUCUACUUUGGUCACCAUGAUCAACAACAACCUCAAGAUGAAGGCUACCCGUCGUGCCGUCAAGAAGAAGGAGCAGUUGGCCGAAGUUCAAAAGGAAAUUAACGAGAACCCCGCCACCAUGCCCAAAGAGGAAUUUGUGAAGAAGUCUGACAAAGCUUUGCCUCCUUCGGAUCCUACUCUUUUGGAAGAUAACCACAAGGAAACCCCGGCCGCCAUGCCCAAGGAAGAAUUUGUGAAGAAGACGGACAAUGCUUUGCCUCCUUCGGAUCCUCAGCUCAUGGAAGGUAACCACGCCGAUCCCCAUGCUGCCAAGGACCAUUUGACUCCUCCUCACUCUCCUACGGACAAGAAGCCCGAAUUGGCUCCUACCUCUGAGGCUGAGAAGCUCAUGCACGCCAAUGUCAUGGACACCACCAAGGACGAAAACCCGGCCAUGGCUGCCAUGCAUCACCGACCUGACGCUUCCAAGAACCCUGUGUUCAGUGCGGAUCAGCGCCGAUCCACUCUCCAAAAUGAGGAAACCAAACCUAAUGAAGUCCGCGUCUAAGGACGAAACGGAAUGUAAUCCAGUAACCGUUUGAUAUUUUAUACUUUUCUAUUCUCAUUUUUUUUCCCCUUUUUAAGUUUUACAUAAUCUUUUUUAUUUUUAUUUUGCAAAGAUCUACUUUGCAACUGGCAAUAUACGAGUACUAUGCUUAUUUUCAGUUCAAUAAAUCAUAUUCUUUUUUAUCGGUA